CUGUGCAGAGAUGACGAUUUGCACUCGCCAGCAGCCAAUCAGGAUUGAGCGCAGCUCGGUCGCGAAGAGCGGUUGUGAGGACGGCUGUGUACGUGAUGUUUGAAGAACCUCUAACGUUCCUCUGUUUUCAGGUUCUCUCCCGUUUUCAGUGCUCGGAGUCAGAGUCGUGAGGAGGACGGCCAGAAGAUGUCUCUCAUUACAUAGACUGUUAUCGCGUUAUUAUUUAUUUUAGCGAAGGCGCCGCACUUGGCCUUGUUCUGGUUUCAUUUGCUGUCGCCUUUCAGAACCAAACGGAGCGGCUGGCCUCGAGUUGCAGCCUCCACUUCACUGCACGAUGAGGUUGUCGGUGUUUCUGCUGAAGAACGCGUCUCCGAAGAUCGAGUACUACUCCCGGUUUUCACCGUCGCCUCUGUCGAUUAAGCAGUUUCUUGAAUUCGGCAGAGACAAUGCGUGCGAGAAGACGUCUUACAUGUUCCUGCGGAAGGAGCUGCCUGUGCGGCUGGCCAACACCAUGCGGGAGGUCAACCUGCUGCCUGACCGGCUGCUGAGCCAGCCCUCAGUCAAACUGGUGCAGAAAUGGUAUAUGCAGAGCUUUUUAGAGUUGCUUGAGUAUGAAACCAGGAGCCCAGAUGACCCACAUGCCCUGAAUGACUUCUUGGAGGCACUUAUUGAGAUCAGAAACAGACACAAUGACGUGGUCCCCACCAUGGCCCAGGGACUGAUCGAGUAUAAGGAGAAGUUUGGUUUUGACCCAUUUGUCAGCUCCAACAUUCAGUAUUUCCUGGACCGCUUUUAUACCAACCGCAUCUCUUUCCGCAUGCUCAUCAACCAGCACACACUCCUGUUUGGCAAUGACACAAACCCGGCACACCCCAAACACAUUGGCAGCAUUGAUCCUGCGUGCAGCGUGGCAGAUGUGGUGACGGAUGCAUAUGAGACAGCCAAGAUGCUGUGUGAGCAGUACUACCCUGCUGCCCCGGAGCUGAAGAUCGCAGAGUUUAACGCAAAGGCACCUAGCAAGCCUAUCCAAGCUGUCUAUGUUCCCUCUCAUCUGUUCCACAUGCUGUUUGAACUUUUCAAGAAUGCAAUGCGAGCUACAGUGGAGCACCAUGAAGAGGAUAAGGAUGACCUUCCACCUAUUAAAGCUAAAGUCACGCUAGGGAAGGAGGACCUCUCUAUAAAGAUCAGUGACAAGGGUGGGGGCGUGGCUCUGAGGAAGAUUGACAGGCUCUUCAAUUACACCUACUCCACUGCACCAACCCCCAGUCUGGACUCUAAACGAGUACCACUGGCUGGAUUUGGCCACGGCCUUCCCAUCUCCAGACUGUAUGCGCGUUACUUUCAGGGAGACCUGAAGCUAUAUUCGAUGGAAGGGGUGGGGACAGAUGCUGUCAUCUACCUGAAGGCUCUCUCCAGUGAGUCAUUUGAGCGCUUGCCAGUCUUUAACAAGUCUGCCUGGCGACACUAUCAAGGAGCCCCCGAGGCGGACGACUGGAGCAACCCCAGCAAAGAGCCGCGGGACGCUUCAAAGUACAAGGCGAAAAGAUAAACGUCCCUCAUCCACCACUGCCUGGCACCCGAACCACUGCACUUACAUUCCUCUCCCUCUCCGUAUAGUCUAGCUUCUCUUGCUGUGACCACACCACAUCAAUGGCAAGUGUUCUGUGCUUGUCAGCAUUCCUUGAGUAGAGCCUUUGAAAGUCUUUGAGUCUUUAAAAAACCCAAGUCUCUGCUCUUUUCUCCUCUGUCCAGCAUGAAACAUUGGUCACAGUGCCCCCUUGUGGUGUGCCCCAGAAUAGUAGAAUGGCUAGGAGAGAUGGGUGACAUCCAGUGUGUCUCGGGUGAAAGUAUAAUGCCACAUAAUAGGGCCCCUGUUUGACUCCCCUGAGGAGCUCGGGGAAAAAGCGUUGUCGUUUCAGACGAUCGAGACAAAAGGCGUCUCAGUUUCUGCUGCACAGGCAGGGGAAAAGGUUAGUGAGCUGUUCUCCUUAAAGGAAUAGUCCACUGCUUUUCCAACCCAGUCUGUGCCAGUGACUUACAUUGUAAGUGGGAGUCUAACUAAGAAAAGGGAAAUGCAUCCAAAUUAUUGUCCCUGGUAAUGAACUGUGUGGGUCAGAGCUGUGGUUGAACAGCCGGACUAUUCCUUUAACCGACACUGUAACCAUUCCAUAAACCAUGGGUUAUCAUGGUUGAAAUAGGGAGAUUUUUUUAUUUCUAAGGGACAUAAGUACCUUUUCGGCAGCAUAUUUAGCAAAUAUGCCUCACCUAAGUUAUUUAGGGGACUAAAUGUUACCUAGAGGAUUUAUAAAACAUUAUGCAUUGUUUAGAAUAUGAGCUAUUUAUUUCAAAAGCACUGUAAUGUUAAAAGAUGUGCAAAUAAGUACAGUUGUGACUGCCAAUUUAGAAAAUAGUAUAGGAAAUGCAAGGGCAUUAGAAAUGUUAAUGAGCCUGAGCUUCCUGUCACUGUAGAGCUGAUAACCCGUGACUCUCAUAAAAGGACCAGCAGAACAAAGCUUACACGAUGACAGCCUUCCAUUUCAUUAGCAUACCUGUAAACCUUUUUUCUGAUUUGUGGAUGACCUUAUCCAGUAAACGUUCUGUUAUCUAUUAGAUUAAAACUGUUUUAGUGUAGUUCUGUCACAAAUCGAAGGAAUAUGUGUUUACAGACCCUUAUAUCCAGCAUGAAUGUCGCCUUUUUGUUGUCUUAUGCAUCAGGAGCCGGUGAAGUAUGACAGUGUCUCUCUUUUCCAGUAACUUUAUCUUACAAGCAUGCCAAUAUGAACAAUGCAGCACUGUAAGAAGGAGGCCUUUUCUUAAUUCUACCUGUUUUUAUUUAGAUUAGUGAAGAAUUCAUAAAUGGUUUGUUCUGUAUGCAGGAAUUUCUUUAAUGUUUUUUUUCUAUUUUAUGGCUUAUUUUCCCUUUAUUUCACAAAUGGAUUGUUGGCUCACUCUUUCUUUUACUAUUUAUGCUCUACGGCUGUGUGCACAUUUUAGUUUCAUGAUAGCAUUAUUUUAGAUGUACAGGACUUUCUACUCUUAUACCAAACUGAUAUCAUUUCAAAGUGGCAGAUACUGAAAAUUAAUGGAAGCACAGGUUUAUGCACUUAUGCACACUGGCUACUUUACUAUGUACAACUACCUUGUAUCUAUGCUCAUUGUUUAUUAUUCUCUGCAUAAUUUGUUAGCCCUUUUUUACCUUCCUUAUCAACUUUAUUAGCUUAUGGAAGGGGUGUUCAGAGGGGCGAGGGACUGAGUGAACAGCAGGGACUUCGGCAACAAAAAUCAUCGCAAGCUGACACAUUUUCCACUUCAAACCUGAAAAUAAUGCCAGAAACAGCUGUUUACAAGCCAUUGCGUCCUCUCAAAGUCAAGGUUUUCAUAACCAGCUCACGAGGCUAGUCUAGUCGAGAUGAGUGUGCUCAAAUUGGAUAACCACUUGUGCUGAAGUUGGUGAGGACGUGUUAGAAAAGGUUUUGGAUAGACUGUACCGUACUGUCCACUCUGUCAGACAUUGGCUACUUUGUUGGUCUACCCUGUAGGUUUUAAAGUCAGAGAUGAUCUGUGACUGCAUGGUUUUGUGCAAGUCGUCAGUGGUCACUUUCUGACCGUAGGACACUGUUAGCUGGACAAUUUUAGUUGAUGGACUAUUCUCAGUCCAGCUGUUUAAAACCUCAUUACACUGCUGGUCUACUGUAUGAGCACAACACUCACUAACUUCACUACCAUGUCAGUGUCACUGUCCACCACCGAAUACCUGCACUGUGGGAGCCCUGACCAUCGAUGAAGGGGGUAACGGAGGGCUACCAAAUAAUGCAGAGGAACAGAUGGACUAUUGUGUAGUUGUAAACUAAGUGUACCUUACCGAAAGGUGGACCUGAUAAAAUAGGCAAAGAUGUGGAUACAGGGUGGGUUUAUGUUAUAGAGUGACCCGUGCUUGUAUGUUUGUGGUAGCUCUUAUUUAUCACAGCUUAGUGUUUUUGAAUAUUCAAAUCGGUUUCUCAGUAUAAUUAUUAUUAUUGUUAUUAUUUUCAUCUCACUUCAUUAGAUGUACCACUCGAGUACUCACCUUGCCCAAUGAUUUAGUUGUCAAUAAAGAAAUUUAAUUCUUUUUGCCUUCUUGCAAAAGAAACAUCAGGAUGGACCUUAUAAUGGUUCAUAUGGACCUUUAUGUUCCUCUAAAGUUAAAAUAUAGGUUACAGGGUUUGUUGAAGAAAAAAAUCUUAGAAAUCAUUUUUCAGAUUUAGUGUCUCUGGAGAAAAUGAACUCUGAGAUGACAUGAAGCCAGCAUGUAUCUAUAGAACCAACUUAAUGUGUAGAGUCCAUAAAGAAGCUCAUUCUGCUGUUGGCUAAUUUUCCCAGCAUGAAUUUCUCUCCACAAAGGCUUUUCAUCAGAGCAAUUGUAAUCAUUUGUUCUGUUCAGUGAAGAACCGGGUCUGAUCUCCUUACACAGACACGGCUGCCUGUGGACGAUGGCCGCUUUAAGAAAUACUCCAGUGUUUUUCACCCUUCUCUCUGUCAGCAGUAUGUAUAGCACUCAGAUAGCAGUUUGCCUGAACUUGGAAAAGAACAGAAAACUCCAAACAUACUUCAGUAUCUGUACAGGGAAUGUUGAAAUGGUCUGUGGUGGCUGACCAUACAGUUACUGCAGACAGAGUAUUCCUUAAAGCGUGGACAUGACUAAUAUAUCCAGUAUACCUAUGUUGUGUUCUGUAUCUGUUCUAUCGUUGCACAGUACAUAAGCUGGUUUGUUGUUGUUUUUUAGUAAUUGCAGAGAUGCACUGUCCUGACUUGAUGGUUCUGAAGUCAUUCUUCAUAUGUGAACAUGCACACACUCCAUUCAUGUAUUGCAGUAGGUCUGCUGAUCUGUUGACCCCUACAACACAAACUCUACAAUAAACCAGAAUCUGAACCAUA